GUCUGCAGGGGACCCAGAGCGGGACACCGGCCAUUCAGUUUAAGCUCUACAGGCUGAAAUCUAGACCGGGGCUUGGUGGGGACCUGUGGGGACCGUUGCCCGAUCUGUUGUUUAUUUCUUCCCCUUUUUUCUCCGGUGUGUGUGUCCAAAACGACCACCGAAAUUGAAGCGGAACAGCAGAGACUCUCUCCUACAAUGAGGGGGAGAAGAGGAAGGCCGCCCAAACAAGCAGCCGUGAUGCGGGAAGGUUCACCCGGGCCAGUCCGCGGCUCUCGGGGCGGCAGAAGUAGAGGGAUGCGUGGACGGGGAAGGGCCAGAGGAAGGGGCCGAGGACGUGUAGGAAGUGGCGGCGGUUGCUGCACGGGCUCUGCGGAGGUGGAUACAGAAAUAUCUGGUCGAGAGAACUUUAAUUCGUCCCGGGGCCGCAGGAAAGUUGGAGGCUUUAGCACGGCGGCGGCCGCGGCAUCGCGGGGCAGAGGAGGCAGAGGGAGAGGCAGGGGGUCGAGAGGCGGCCGCGGCAGUAGAGGUGGAGUGAGGCGGCCUCAAACCAAGGUAGUCUACGACGACAACAGCGAUGAAGAGGAUGAUAAUUUAAGCUACAGGUCAGACGAAGAUGAACUCCUGAACGACAACCCCUCGUCGGAUCUUGAAGAAGAAGAGGCCUUGGGUAACGACUCUGACUAUCUGGAGGAACUACCAGAGGAUGAUGAUGCCAGCUACUGCACCGAGAGUAGUUUUAGGAGCCACAGCACGCUCGGUAGCACUCCAGGCCGUAGAAGGAGUAGGGCACUGCGACCACAAUCCCCCAUCUUUGAGGCAAAGGACAUUCCUUCCCUGGAGCUUCCCAAGUCCUCUGAGGACCUCCUGGUUCCUACCUCACAGCUUCUUAACGUGUCUGCGGUCUACGAGGUGCUCCGCAACUUUGGCACCGUGCUUCGGCUCUCUCCAUUCCGCUUUGAGGACUUUAGUGCAGCGCUGGCCAGCCAGGAACAGUGCACACUGCUGGCAGAGACCCACAUCUCCCUGCUCAAAGCUAUUCUCAGAGAGGAAGACACUUCCAACACCACAUUUGGUCCUGCUGACAUAAAGGACUCUGUGAACUCCACUCUGUAUUUUGUGGAUGGUAUGACCUGGCCAGAGGUGGUCCGUGCGUACUGUGACAGUGAUCCGGAGUACCGGCACAUUCUGCCUUUCCAGGAUGGUGAGGAUUAUCCAUAUGAACCUCUGGAGAGUAAAAUCAAAGUUCUCCAGUUUCUGGUGGACCAGUUUUUGGCAACAAACAUUGCUCGGGAGGAGCUUAUGUCAGAAGGUGUGGUUGCAUAUGAUGAUCACUGCAGGGUUUGCCAUCGUCUUGGUGACCUGCUGUGCUGUGAAACAUGUUCAGCUGUUUACCAUCUGGAGUGCGUGAAACCACCUUUGCAAGAAGUGCCAGAGGACGAGUGGCAGUGCGAGGUGUGUGUGGCCCACAAGGUACCUGGUGUGGCUGACUGCAUCCCCGAGGUGCAGAAGAGCAGACCAUUUCUUCGGCAACUCCCGGUUGGUUAUGAUCGGCACCACCGAAAGUACUGGUUCCUGAACCGACGCAUUGUAGUUGAGGAGGAUGGUGAGCAGGAGGACAAAGCCAUCUGGUACUACAGCACUAAGGUCCAGUUAGCUGAGCUCAUAGAUUGCCUGGAUAAGGAGUAUUGGGAGGCAGACUUGUUUGCAGCACUCGAGGAGAUAAGGGAGGAGGUGCACACGCAUAUGGACAUCACUGAGGACCUGACCAACAAGGCCCGUGGCAACAACAAGUGCUACCUUACUGCCGCCAAUGAGGAGAUACUGGAGCGGUUGCGGGCCAAGAAGGAGGAGGAGCUGGAGGAGGUGAAAAGACGCGCUGCUGAAGAGGCAAUGAAAGCUCGCCUGGAGAAGGAGAAGAAGGAGGUGGAUGUGGAGAAAGAAGACGAAGAGGCCAAGAUAAAGGACGAGGAACAGCAGCAGGAUGAGGUCAAAGCUCACGCAGUGGAGGAGGACGAGGCCAAGGAAGGGAUCAGAUCUGCCAUAAAGGAGGAGAAAACUGGAGUUGUGGAAGCUCCGCCCACUGGCCAUGAAGGCAUCAGGGGCAGUAGCAUAUCAGAGGGACCUGUAUUCCCAACACAAACCACCUCCACCGCUGUGAGCUGUGGUCGGGUCACUGAGGUGCCAAAGCCCCUGACAGAGGGACGUCCCCCUGUGGAGGUCACUGACAGCACUGAAGAAAACCCUUCACUAGAUUCUGCUUCUGUCAUUGGUGAUGGCAUCCCAAGUCUGAGCCAACCUUCGCAACCUAGUGAGGAAAACAGCAAUAGCAGCAUAGGAGUACCAUCGAGGGGUCCUGAACCCCCAGACCUGGCCGACAAGUCUUCCCAAUCAUCUCUUGCAAGCUUUGAUGAAACGGGUGAUAGUAAAGACUCAGCUAAUGGUGAGACAACAGGCCUCAGUAAUAAGAAAUCUUUAGCAACUCGCAUGGUGACGCGGCUGAGGAACCCAGACAGCAAACUGAGUCAGCUCAAGAGCCAACAGGUGGCUGCUGCUGUUCACGAAGCCAACAAAGGCUUCAAGGAGGGCAAAGAGGUACUGGUAGUAAAUGCACAAGGCGACAUCACCCGUGUCAGCACACGCAGCAGCAAAGAGGUGGUUAUGAAGGGGACCCUCAACCAGUUCUUCAAACUGGGUCAGGAGGGAAAAUACCGUGUCUAUCACAACCAGUACAGUACCAAUGCACUCGCCCUCAACAAACACCAGCACAGAGAGGACCAUGACAAGAGACGGCAUCUGUCCCACAAGUUCUGCAUGACACCAGCAGGAGAGUUUAAGUGGAAUGGGUCCAUCCACGGCUCUAAAGUUUUGACCAUCUCCACACUGAGACUCACCAUCAUUCAGCUGGAGAACAAUGUUCCAUCUCCGUUCAUGCACCCUAACUGGGCCUCACACAGGACCAACUGGAUCAAGGCAGUUCAGAUGUGCAGUAAAGCCAGAGAGUUUGCACUGGCUCUGGCGAUCCUGGAGUGUGCCAUCAAACCUGUGGCUACGCUGCCUGUCUGGAAGGACUCGCUAGGCCACACCAGGUUGAACCGCAUGACGUCCAUGGAGCGGGAGGAAAAAGAGAAGGUGAAAAAGAGGGAGAAGAAGCUAGAAGAUGAGGAGACCAUGCAACAGGCCACUUGGGUCAAGUAUACGUUUCCAAUUAAACACCAGGUGUGGAAACAGAAGGGAGAGGAGUAUCGAGUUACUGGCUACGGGGGUUGGAGUUGGAUCAGUAAGACUUACGUGCAGCGGUUUGUCCCCAGGCUUCCCGGGAACACCAAUGCCAACUACCGCAAAGAACUGGAAGAUGCCAAACUUGGAAAGAAAUGUACCCUGCUGGACUUGAGUCGAAGGCCAAGUAUAACCGCAUCAGAAGCUCAGGGAGCCACUGCCUUUAGCAGUGAGGCAAAAGAUCAAGACACGUCUAUACCGUCUGAGUCUGCAACAGGUUCUCUGAAGUCUGUUGAUGAGGUAGAGUCAAAUGAGAAAUUGGGGGAAGAAACAAAAGAAGAUGCUGAAGAAACAGAAAAGUCUAAGGAAAUGUCAGCAGAUGAAUGUGCUCCAAAGAUGGAGGUGGACCCGGCAGAUACACGACCACAUGAAGAGCAAAGGUCCAGUGUUCAGGAUGAUAAGUCCACCACAAAGGAGAAACCCACUGAGGGCCCUGAACGACCCUUCAACUACGAUGUAGUGGACGUCAGCAAGGGCUUCCUCACCCGCAUUGCUUACAAGAAAAAGGUAAAGGCCUCUAAGCUGGAUAGCCUCCUGGAGCGCAGAGUGAAGCAGCACGUCAUUGAAGAGCGACAGAGGCAACAGGAGUCUGCCUCUAAACCUCAGACUCCUACACCAGUUUCAUCCACUUUAGUGACUCUGAGCACUCCGGUCCGGCCACGAUCACCCCUCAAGCCCCAUGCUCUGGCUCAGACACAGCUCCCAGGUGAUGAAGAUGUAAAAGGGGAGGAGAAAUCUUCCACAACACAAAAUUUGAGACUAGGGAACAUUGGAACACACAGUCAGUCUGGACUGUCUAAAAAUACAGAUGAGAUUAUUUUGCCUCCUUUUCCCUCUCAUGUUACGGACUCCACAUCCAAAGAUGGUUGUAGUACAGGUACAGGUGAAGAUUCACCUUCACCGCAAAACCAAACUCCCUCCAUAUCCCAGAAAUUGGAGGCAGACUUGGUGGAAAGGACUAUGGGGCCAAAAGAAACUAUUUCAAAUAGUUCAGGGCAAGAGGAUGUAAAAACAUCUGACAUACAACAGACAGUAGCAGGGGGAAUUCACGGCUCUUUUUUGCAAAAAGUAGACAGUGUACCAUCAGAUCUUAUGCAGGCUACACAUAAUGACAGUAUAGGAUCUGAGGUACCCAACUUAAAACUGGACUCAGUCAGGACACCUGCAAGUGUUUUUGGACAAAAAUGCAGUCAAAACACAUCUCCUUCCACACCUUCUCAACAAAGUCCAGAAUCUAUAAGCUCAAUGCGUUCAGGUGCAGAGGAGAAUGGCAAAGGGCCAGAGGAGAACCUGGAAAAUAUGCAAGAAAAUGACAAAAAUAGAACUGAAGACAUGUGCUCUCCAGAGCCAGUUUCUCCUCUUCCUCAGGUAAAUGGUAAUGAUGGCUUGGGGAGUGAAAGCACAUUGAGUAACUCUGUAAUGAGCCCAAAUAAUGGUGUGCUUAGCCCACAGCCUAAGGUGAACAGUAUUGGUAGAGAUGAAGAAAAAGGGCUGGCUGUCUCACUGAAAGACAGCGCACAGCCAAAGCCUAUAGUGAAUGGAGAUAUGACCCCUGUUAACGAUAGCACAGACUCUGUGGAUAAAACCUUGAGCCAGGCGUCCAAGGCAGAAGUACAAGGCAAGACAACAAUAUUGGACCAGGACUACAGUCCACCAGUGAAGAUCACAAAAGUGCAAAACAACAUAGAUGGGCUUGGAGCUAAUAAUCAAAGCACUGUCCAACACAACAGCACACCCCCAUUUCAUUGUGAGGAAACAAAACCCAGUCCUGUGAUCAAAAUAAUCAGAAUGGCCCCCUCUCCUAUACCGUCUGCAGAGGAGUCCAGUCUAAGUGAUGACUUUGCAGAGGAGAAUAGCAACAGUGGGACAACAGAACCACUUAAAACCUUCAUCACCCAGGUAACCACAACAUCCACAACCACCACAACGGUGGUCUCCACAGAGAAGACGAUAGCCAAAGUGCCAUCAAACACAUCAGAUGGAACAACAACAAAGAGCAGUGCAGUGUCCACUCUUACUACUAUGACUACGACUGUGACCAAAAUCUCUUCAACUGGGAUUGAUGGUCAGUCAGAGGACAGCCAAAGUGAGGCUGUGACAAAAGAACAGAAGACAGUGCUCUCUGCCUCUGUUAGUAAAUCAACAAUCGAUCCCAGUGGUAAAACCUCAGUGUCUUCUCUUUCUGUGAGCCAGGAGGACUGGUCCUCAACAAGGGGACGUGUCCGGUUACUCAAAUUCUCCCGCACCAAGAAGACUCGCUCUGACACUGCCCUUCCUUCUUACCGCAAGUUUGUCACGAAGAGCAACCGCAAGAGUAUUUUUGUAUUGCCACAUGAUGACUUGAAGGUACUGGCAAGGCGAGGUGGGUUUCGUGAAGUGCCGAUAUUUAGCUACAAUGCCAAGCCGGCGCCGGACAUCUGGCCAUACCCUUCACCCAGACCCACGUUUGGCAUCACCUGGAGGUAUCGUCUGCAGACGGUGAAGUCUAUGGCUGGUGUGAGUUUGAUGCUGAGGCUCCUGUGGGCUUGUUUGAGGUGGGACGACAUGGCCGUCAAACCAUCAGCAGCAGUCGGCACUACACGUACAGAGACAUCAGAAACUGAAAUCACCACCACUGAGAUCAUCAAGCGGCGGGACGUGGGACCCUAUGGCAUUCGCUCCGAGUACUGCAUUCGCAAAAUCAUCUGCCCCCUGGGUGUUCCCGAGACUCCAAAAGAAACCCAUACACCUCAAAGGAAGGGCCUUCGCUCCAGUGCCUUGCGCCCCAAGAAAGCUGAACCUGCCAAACAGACGGGUCCAGUAGUGAUUGAGACCUGGGUGCCUGAGGAGGAGCUGGACCUCUGGGAGAUCAGAGCCUUCUCAGAAAGGGUGGAGAAAGAGAAGGCUCAGGCAGCAGAGCAGGCUAAGAAACGUCUGGAGCAGAAGCCCGGCACAGUUACAGCUACUCCAACAGGGACUCCCACAGCACCUGCCUCUACACCUAAAGUCAUUGUUGGUUCACUGUCGGGCCAGGGCACCCCUAACACCAAGGUGGUUCUGUCCACCAAGAUGGGCUCUAAUGUCACAUUCCAGCAGAGCAAGAACUUCCAGCAGUCAUUUGCCACCUGGGUCAAGCAGGGUCAAAGCACACAAGGUGCAGGUACUGACACCUCCGUGACCACGUCUGGUGGACACACUUUCCAGAUUACAGGAACAUCAGUGAGCGGAAAGGUUGUGACCACCAAGCUACCGCUGCCCGCCAACAGCAAGAUCGUCACAGUCAAUGUGCCAACUUCUCAAGGAGGUGUGGUUCAGCAGAAAGUGUUGGGUAUCAUCCCAUCCAGUACAGCAGGAGGUGCUCAGACCUACACCGCAUUCCAGUCUCGCACUCCUACACUCAACAUUAGACCCAAUACCCCAGGCUCUCAGCAGCAGGUUCUGGCAGCUGGUGGUCAGAUCCGUCCAGGAAUGACGGUGAUCCGAACCCCAAUCCAGCAGACAGGAGCCAUGGGAAAGACGAUACUCAGAACACCCCUCAUGGUCCAACAAGGUCAGGGCGGACAACAAGUAGUGACACAGAUAAUUCGUGGCCAGGCAGUUUCCACAGCAAUAUCUGGUGCAAGCCCUGUUGCCACGGUCACUGGCCAGGGGACGAGCAGCCCCAGCUCAGGACAGGCAGCAGGACAAACGCCAACCGGGACGCCUCGGGCCCAGGGGCAAGGCCAGGUUAAACUCACCCUGGCACAGCUCACCCAGCUCACACAGAAGCAGCAGGCUGUGUCAGACGUCGAUCGGCAGGCUGGAGUUGGUGGUACCCAGCAGGCUCUGACAGUGAUGGUUCAAGGUCAGGGUCAGACCACCGGCCAGCUCCAGGUUAUACCUCAUGGGAUGACCGUCAUCCCAGGACCUGGUCAGCAGCUCAUGCAGGCGGCGUUGCCCAACGGCCAGGUGCAGCGCUUCCUUUUCACACCCAUUGCUGCAGCUGCAACACCAACGUCAAGCACAGCCACCACUGCUCCUGGACAACCCAACUCCACCGCCACCAAAUCCCCAGCCCAGCCCGCCCAACAGGCCGCAGCCCCCGUCCAGGCAGGGGCAACCCCCCUGGCCACCACCAGCACCCCUUCAUCGGCCACCCCUCAGGGCCAGUUACCCCCACAGACGCAGGCCCACAUGCCCAUUCAGUCGCCCACGUCUCUGCAGGUAAAAACACAGGGAGGAACCACCCAGCUGCAGCUACAGCAGACACCCCAACUCAUCAGCGUGUCUGGACUGCAGCAGCAGGUACAGGUGUUGGCCCAGCUGCAGGCCCAGCAGGGUGGAGGCUCUCUGCCACAACACAUCAAACUACAGCUUCCUAUCCAGAUACAACAGACUGGGACCACCUCAGCUCAGGGAGGACAGAUUGGGAACGUGGUGACCAUCCAGGCUGCCUCUGUGCAGGAGCAGCUGCAGAGGAUCCAGCACCUCAGAGAGCAGCAGCAGCAGAAGAAGCGUCAGGCCGCAGAGGCCAAGAGGGAACAAGCCCUCAACGCCGCCAGCCAGAGCGACAUCAUUCAGAAACAGGUGGUGAUGAAACAAAACGCUGUUAUCGAACACUUAAAGCAGAAGAAAACCAUGACACCUGCGGAGAGAGAGGAGAAUCAGAGGAUGAUUGUAUGCAACCAGGUGAUGAAAUUCAUCCUCGACCGAAUAGACAAAGAUGAGAGGCAGGCAGCUAAGAGGAAAAAGAAAGAAGAGGUGGUGGAGGCAAAGAGGAGGUUGGCCAACGCCAGCAAGCUUUCCUCACUCCUUUAUCGGCACAAAGAAAGCCUCAAGAUGGAGAUCUUGAAAAAGCGGGCUCUUCUAGACAAGGAGCUGCAGCUAGAGGCCCAGGAGGAGCUGAAGAAGGACCUGUUGCGAAUGCGCCGUGAGAAGGAGAGGGCUCACGCUGCAGCCCAGCAGGCAGCACAGGCCGCCGCUGCAGCAGCACACAGUCAGCAACAACACGCCCUGGCACAUGCUCACAGCAUCACAGCUCAACACCACCUCACGACAGUCACCUCCUCACACAAGAGAAAACGGGAGGAGGAGAAAGAGACAGCGUCAUCUGCUAAGUCCAAGAAGAAGAAGAUGAUCUCGACAACAAGCACCAAGGAGAGCAAGAAAGACACCAAGCUCUACUGCAUCUGCAAGACACCCUACGAUGAGACCAAGUUUUAUAUCGGCUGUGAUCUGUGUACCAACUGGUAUCAUGGCGACUGUGUGGGGAUCACAGAGAAAGAGGCAAAGAAAAUGGACGACUACAUCUGCGUAGAGUGUAAACGGGGCCAACAGAGCAGCACAGAGGAGCUGUACUGCAUAUGUCAGACGCCAUACGACGAGUCCCAGUUCUACAUCGGGUGUGACCGUUGCCAGAACUGGUACCAUGGCCGAUGUGUGGGCAUCCUGCAGAGCGAGGCCAACCACAUCGAUGAGUAUGUUUGUCCACAGUGUCAGUCAACAGAGGACGCCAUGACAGUCUUCACCCCACUCACUGACAAGGACUAUGAGGGCCUGCGCAGAAUCCUACGCUCAUUACAGGCACAUAAAAUGGCGUGGCCAUUCUUAGAGCCGGUGGACACGAAUGAUGCCCCAGACUACUACAGGGUUAUCAAGGAACCAAUGGACCUUUCUACCAUGGAGGAGAGGUUGCAGAAGCGCGAGUACAUCAAGCUGACGGAGUUUGUAGCGGACAUGACCAAAAUCUUCGACAACUGCCGCUAUUACAACCCCAGUGACUCGCCCUUCUACCAGUGUGCCGAGGUUCUGGAGACCUUCUUUGUCCAGAAGCUCAAAGGCUUUAAAGCCAGCAGGUCUCAUAACAACAAACUACAAUCAUCAGCUUCUUAG